GUGGCGCACGCAAGACAGGAAGUGACGGUAUCGCUGUGCGCUACGGGGCUGUGUGUAGGAGACGGUUACAGGCCUGGGAGAGAGCCGAAGAGAAGCGAAGAUGGCGGGGAAGAGCGGAGAGGAUAAGCUGAAGGAGAUGGAGGCGGAGAUGGCGCUGUUUGAGCAAGAAGUCCUGGGAGCGCCAGUCGCCCUGCCCUCGGGAGACGCCGUCCCGCUGCCCGUUCCGUUGGCCAUACCGGCUGUGCCGGCAGUAGCGGCUGUACCGGGUGUCCCGCCCACUUUGCCCGGUGUCCCCACUUUGCCCGGUGUCCCCACUUUGCCCGGUGUCCCCACUUUGCCCGGUGUCCCCACCUUGCCCGGUGUCCCCACUUUGCCCGGUGUCCCCACCUUGCCCGUGCCUGGUGUUCCCGCCGUGCCGGCUGUUCCUGUUGCUGUUGGACGCCCCGUGAUAGCCACAAACACUUAUAGCCAGGUGCAGCAAAGUCUCGAUGCCAGAGCGGCAGCGGCGGCCAACGUUGUGGGGCCCAUGAUGGUUCCUCCCAUACCCUUUGUCGGACCAGAUCUAAAAGAUGAUGUUACGGCGAGUAAAUGGAUACCAAACAUGCCACGCUUUAAAAUUGCGCUCGCGCCCGGAAUGGCGCCGAACUACGCGAUCCCGCCACCAAGGCCCCCGGUGAUGAGGCCCCCCGUGAUGAGGCCCAGCUUUAUCCCACAUGCGUUACAGCGGCCGAUGGACCCCCGACCGUCCUUCAUCCCGCACGUCCUGCAGCAACAACGAGCAUUGGGUCCUCGGCAUCCAGGCAUGCUACCUCCGCAGCCCCUGAUGUCUCAUCCGAUGCACGGCCCUCCUCCGAUGAUCCCGCCUCCCCCGAUGGCGAUGCGUCCCGGCCCUCCGCCGGCACCGAUGGGCCCUCUGCCCCCUCCUACUCGUUCCGUGGUUCAUUCAUCUCCUAAAAUGAACCCCACGGUCAUCCAAGCGGCCCCCACCGUCUACACGGUUCCUCCACCACCACGGAAAGUAGAGGAGGAAGUGCCAGAAGUCCCGGCAGUCGUCGAAGACAAAGACAUGAGCUACGAGGAAUCUGUGAUUGGACCCAGCAUGCCCGAAGUUGAGCCGGUACAGCCAGAGGUGGUGCAGGAGCCCCCACAGGAGGAUAAAAAGAAGUCCAAGCCGGAGAAGAUGAAGCGCUGCAUCCGAACUGCCGCCGGCACAAGCUGGGAAGAUCAGAGCCUGCUGGAAUGGGACACUGACGAUUUUCGGAUAUUCUGCGGAGAUCUGGGGAACGAGGUGAACGAUGACAUCCUCGCCCGGGCCUUCAGCCGCUACCCGUCUUUCCUGAAAGCCAAGGUGAUCCGAGACAAGAGGACGGGCAAAACCAAAGGCUACGGCUUCGUCAGCUUCAAGGAUCCCAACGAUUACGUCCGGGCCAUGAGGGAGAUGAACGGUAAAUACGUGGGCUCCCGUCCCAUCAAACUUAGGAAGAGUAUGUGGAAGGAUCGUAACAUUGACGUGGUGCGCAAAAAACAGAAAGAAAAGAAGAAGCUUGGCCUGAGAUAAUCGCAGACGAUGUGGACUGGUUAGAGUCUCGCAGGCCCCCCCCCCCCCCAGCACCCUCUGGCUGUUACCCACAAUUCCCUGCACAGAGAGCGCUGGUUUAUGGCAGACUCCUGGGAAGAGACAGACAAUGUAACAUCAAUAUCUGCCGGCAAGUCCAGCGCAGAGAGACGUGAACUUCUUUUGUUUUACCCCACUUUUUUUUUUUUAUUAUUUUAGUUUUUGUGAAACCUUAUUUUUUUUUAUUCUUAAUCUGAACAUUGUGAAUGAAUUUGAGUUUAUUUAAAGCUCAAGUCCAGGCAAACUGUUAUCAGCCACCUUUGCAUUGCUCUCGCCCUCCUUACCUAUAAAGAAAUGUGUAUUUAA